AUGAUAUGAAUCUCUCAAACAAUUCUUACCCACCUACUCCACAAGUUUUGCACGACUUCAAGCCUAUGCCUUCCUCGCAAGAGGAGGCUGAAGCGGCUAGACGAAACAAUUUUGUCCAACUGCAGAUGAAUAAUGUGCAGCUGUUUUGGAAUAAGCAAUUGCUCGAGAUUCACAAUACUUCAGUGUCUAGGAGUUGCCAUCAACUACCUCUUGCGCGGGUGAAAAGGAUUAUGAAAUCAAAUGGAGUGGCCAAGAUGAUCAGUUCAGAGACUCCGAUCUUGUUCUCGAAAGCAUGUGAGCUAUUCAUAAUGGAGCUUACCCUUCGGGCAUGGCUUCAGGCAGAAGUAAGCAAGAGGCGAACAUUGCAGAAGUGUGACAUUGCCAAGGCUAUUAGGAACGAUCAACUUCUUCACAAUUUCUUGGCUCCUAUUGUUUUCUGUACUCUCCAUGACCACGAGGGCGAGAACAAGAACGAGGUAGAGAUUCUAGGUGACCCUUCAUCAAUGUCCUCCGCUCCUGGUUUUCCUUCCAAGUGAGAAACUGCGUACGUGCUGGAAAUAAAUGAUGCGAAUGAUGGAAGAAAUAAGUGGAUCCAUCGAGGAUGGAAGCAUUUGUGGUAGAGACGCUAAUAAAA